CGUUUCUGUCCUACGUCACGUGUGACGACACCCUGGAACCCGGAAGCUCCAUAAAUACAUAGAUCCGUAGACAUAAUAUGCGUAUACGAUGUCCACGUACGGUUCGGUUUCUAUUUAGAUCAUAUACACAUUAAAUCUCGUACCCACGAGAGUCCUGUUAGAGCUUCGCUGCUAGUCCCGUGCAGGAAAUGUCUACCAGGGCGGGCUCCUGGAGCGUUGCCGUCGCCGCAGCGCUGUGCCUGUUGCUGCUGGACGCCGUGGCUUUUGCACAGGCUAAGAAUUUUGAAGAUGUUCGCUGCAAGUGCAUCUGUCCUCCCUACAGGAACAUCAGUGGCAACACCUACAACAGAAAUGUGUCUCAGAAGGACUGUAAUUGCCUCCAUGUAGUGGAGCCCAUGCCGGUGCCUGGCCAUGAUGUUGAAGCCUACUGCCUCUUGUGUGAGUGCAAGUAUGAGGAACGAAGCAGCACCACCAUCAAGAUAACCAUCAUCAUUUACCUGGCCGUCGUGGGCGCACUGCUGCUCUACAUGCUGUUUCUGCUACUGGUUGAUCCUCUUAUCCGCAAACAUGACGCCUACACCCAGCCACUUCAAAAUGAGGAGGAUUCUGAGGAGAUGCGUCCGCAGGUGGACGGCGACCCGGCCAGGGGCAACACGGUGCUGGAGCGGGUCGAGGGAGCACAGCAGCGCUGGAAAAAGCAGGUGCAGGAACAACGCAAGACUGUUUUUGACCGCCACAAAAUGCUUAGUUAAACCAUGUAGCUGAUCUCACACUAGGAUUGGUGGAGGUGACACCCAGAACGCCACCAGGCACAGCUAACUUACCUUUCUAUCAUUGCUCAGCACUGCACCUUUAAAUUAGGAUUUCCUUCAGUCACACGUAUCUAUGCAGUUGUGGCCAAAUAAACCUGCAUGCUUAUGCACUUUUAACUGCUAAAAAGCAUGUCAACAAUUUAACACAUUUCAGUGCAGCAGAUAUUGAAUGUCUUGAUGAAGUAAGAGCCUCAUUUAGUCUUUUUAGCUACAGUAGACUUAAUAGCUUAUUUAUGUUUUUGUGUUAAAUUCUUGCUUGUUGUCUUAAAUUGUUCCAACUAUUGUUUAUAUUCUAUUUAUUUUUUAAUUGUUAAAAUGUUAAAUACAUUUAUUAUUUAUUUGAUUGCAUAAUUUUUAUGUAUGUUUGACUCCAUUCUAACUUGCAAUGCUAAUGUAUUAACAUCCAACGUAAUGUGAAAUAAACAUACUCUGGUUGAGUAUAAAAGUGUU